UUUGUGAAAUACCUUUAUUUAGCGACACUUCUUGCAUUUUCCACCUUUCUGACUAAAAGAAGGCAAUACAAGCAUGGAAAAGCAAAGAGAAACAAUGCAAGAAAUAGCCAUUAAAUUGGCAGAGGAGCAAGUUCAAAAUCAAAUAAGUCUCAAUGGACCACGAGAGAGAUGCAUCUUCAUCAUUGGAAGUCAAAAUGUUGGAAAAUCAACAAUCAUUAAUCGUUAUCUAGACCGAGAGGAAGGUCCCAAGUCAACGCUUGCUUUGGAAUAUUCCUAUGGGAGACGCUCAAGUCCUGGUCAGGGUGUACAGAAGCAGAUUUGUCAUGUGUGGGAAUUGGGAACAAUUGUGAAUUCAGAGCAACUCCUUGAGAUUCCUUUUAGAUCGCAUGGCUUUGAAAAUAUGUCUGUAAUUAUCAUGGUGGACCUCUCUCAACCACAGAGACUCUGGAAUGAUCUCAUGACAAUUCUUCAGUGCCUCAAAAAAGUCUUUCAGAUGAAAUCAACUGAGAGCAUCGAGCUAAUGCGGAAAAUGUUGGAAGAACAAUAUGCCGUAUUAGAUCAUGCAGAUGUUGCCACUUUGGAUGUCUUUCCCAUACCAAUGUACAUUAUUGGUGGGAAGUAUGAUUUAUUUCAGGAUAGAGAUCCUGAAAUAAAGAAGCAGGUGUGUCGCUGUUUGCGUGCUACUGCACAUCUCGUAGGAGCAUCAGUUUUCUUCUACACAAACCAGAAUAAUUCAAUGGGAAAGACUCUGAGGGAUAUUUUCAAUCAUUGUGGCUUCGGUAGUCCAGGGAAUCCAAUAAGGAAUCUCCAUGUUGACUACAAUGGCCCACUAUCCGUAUCUUUUGGGAAAGAUUCGUGGGAUAAAAUUGGUACAACACCGGAAAAUCUUGAAGGAAUUGGAGCUUUUUAUUCUGCCAAAAUAACCCAGGAGGAUCAACAUUCACUUCCACUUCCUCCGGAUCCUGCAAAUGAUGCUGGAUUCCGGGAGGCAGCUAUUGAUGAGAUUAGAGCGCAUAAAAAUGAAGAAAUUCACACUCUCCAAAAGCACUCCAGUAUAACAGCCAUCAUCACCCUAUACGUGUGCAUGGACUUGCGCAUUUUGGCGACUUUCUUAUAGGAUCUCCCACUGUUUUAUUUUUUUUUUCGGUGGUUUUUCUCUCUCUCUCAUAUAAAAUUUGAGAUACCCACCAUAUGGAUUUUCCGUGGGAGUAGACGAGACAAUUAUGUUCAUGCCGGGGGCAGCAGAAGAAUUGCAGAGAGAGCAAGCGAGGAGAGAGAGAGAGCAGAGAGAAUUAGUGGGAGUUGGGUGAAGUUUAUGGUUCAACCUGAGACUUCGAUUGGAACUAUGGAUGGUAUUUCACUUUCAUUCAAUGAAUCUUGUGGUACACAAAAUGUGAAAUCGGCAAAAUCCAAAGUGUUCAGUGAUACGCUACAAAGGGGAUGAUUUAGUGAGAAUGUGUGUCAAUUUCGUUAAAUAUUAUAUAUAUUUUAGCACCAUACAUCACCCAAUAUCACCUCAACAAAGUUCUUCCGCCUGAUUGCUAUAUACCAAGGUGCAGUGGAGCUUGUUAUGCAAUUUUCCUUUAAGAAAAGAAA